UCCAUAAACCUAAAUUACUGUAAAAAAGGGCCUAUUGUUCUCCUUGGGAGUGGUCUGGAUCCAGGUCAACAACUACUGUUAAGCAAAUUGGCUACAUUUUUGAAGGCUAGAGUAUGUACAGAAUUUAACAGCUCCGUGACACACGUUGUUGUUCCUGUAUAUCCUGUGCGAACUACUAUGAAGUGCAUGCUGGCAGUUUUAACUGGAAGUUGGAUCUUGACAUUUAUGUGGGUAGAGGCCAGCUUGAAGAGAGGCGCUUGGGAACAAGAAGAGAAAUAUGAAAUAGAUGGUGGUCCUCGGCAAGGCCGCUUGAACAAGGAACAGCUUUUGCCGAAACUUUUUGAUGGCUGCUACUUCUAUUUCCUGGGAAUAUUUAAAGAGCACAAGAAAGAUGACCUCAAAGAAUUGGUGAAAGUUGGAGGGGGACAGAUUCUCACGAGGAAGCCUAAAUCAGAUAAUGAUGUGACACAGACAAUCAAUACAGUAGCUUAUCAUGCUGAGAUUACUUCUGACCAGAGUUUCUGUACACAAUAUAUAAUCUAUGAUGCCUCUUCUAACUACAAACCACAGAAAGUUCGUCAAGGAAAAGUUUGGGAAGUACCUUCCAGCUGGCUUAUCAACUGUGUGAUGUCAUUUCGACUGUUACCUGUUCAGAAAUGAUUUUCCCAGCAUUGUGAUAACAUAAUUGUUUGGAUUUCAAUUCUACUGAAAUUUUAUUAAAAGAUACUGAAAUUACAUGCUGAAACAAGAAAUAGAUAUUUUUCUUUACUCCUUAGACUUAUUUGUGGAGAGGAAGGAUGUAUAAAAUUGAGUUACUCCUCAAAUCUUAAAACGUAUAUUUUAAAAAAUAAUAACUGAAGAUUCAGAUUCCCAAAAUUUAUUGUAUGUUGAUAUUAGGGAGGUUCCCCUUUUUUUUGGUCUGUGUUUCUGCAAACCACAUUAAUUAUUAUUGGAUAUUCUGAAAUUAUGCUCAUUCUACACUGAACUUCUAUGAAGUCCUCAGAAAGGUCAGUCAGGACCAUUCUGGUUAUCAAGAUCCUAAUAUGACCUUCAGCAUGCCAAAAUUAUUAAAGAGUUUUUUCCCUUUUUGUAUAUGGUGAAAUUAACAUUGUCAUUAAGUUUAUUUAAAGGGAUUACUUGGGUCUAUAAUCAUGAUUUCCACUGAGAGAGAUUCCAUUGAGAGAUAUGUGUUUCCAUUGAGAGAGAUUCAUUCACUUUUAGUGUUUUCUAUAUCACAAAUAAUAAAUCACAUUCUGAAGCAUUACCAUGUAAACUGCAUUUGUAUGUGUGUGUGAGAGAGAGAGAGCAAGUGCGAGCGCGCACAGGCAAUAUAACCAGUCCUCACGAUCAGUAGAGUCCUUUCAAUUAUAGGCCAGGGUUGAAUUGAAUCAAAUCGUUUCACAACUUAAAAAGAUAGGGAUCAGCUUUCUCAAAUGGUUUAGGCCAGGAAGUUAAUUUGCAAUCAUUCAAAUGUUAUUGAAGGGCAGGCUAAUGGAAGUUAGAGUUCAACUGCAUAUUGAAGACCAUAUUUGGUUGCUUUUCCCUGGUUUAAUUGGAGGGUUACAGUUCAUUGUAUCAGAAACAUUAUUUGACACUCUCUGGACAUUUAUGUCAUCUUACAAGGUGCAAGAAUCAAUAUAUUUGUAGAGAACCUGUGGCCUUACAAAUGUUGGAUUUUCCCCCAGCCCCAGGCAGUAUGGACAAUGCCUUGAAACAAUAGCAUUCUCUAAACACAAAUACAGGAGUAGAGAAAUACUGAACUUCUGCCUCAGGCAGAAGCAAUGGAGGAAAGCUGAUUCUUAUUCAAUCUCUGUUGUGUAUUUUUUUUUACUGUAUUGGGGCAUUGUGAAAUCACCUUUGGGAAUUCUAAAACUGUACCUCUCCAAUUAUGUAUCCUCAUAUAGCUGAAUAUACCACAUGAAUAAACUUUGCACAGUUUCUCCAUAAAGAAAGUCAUAAGUGUGCAGGCAUCCCUUAUUAUAUAUUAGAACAGGUUUUGAAUCUCUUCCUGUCUUGCAGCUGCCAGAAGAAUGUGCUGAAUUCUAUAGUGAUACACUAUGUUAUGAAAACAUACAUAUGUUCAGUAGUGAUUUUUUAAAAAAUGGCUUCAAAAUGGCUUCAGGCUUCAAAAACCAGAGUUUGUAAUAAAGGAAAUCCCUCAUAUACUGUACGUCAUGUAAAUUGUAAAGAGUUUGUCUGCACUAUGAUGGACUAGAGUGGAGGAGGGGCAUUUCUGCCUGUACAAUUACCAUGGGAGAUGAAUUUUGGGAAGAUAUGUCUGUCAA